CCUGCUGCCGGCAACGCGCUGACGCGGCACCUGGCCAAGCUGAUGGGGGAGUGCGGGAGCCCCUUCCGGGAGGAGGAGCUGCCGCUGGUGUGCAGGAUCAAGGAGCAGUGCUGCUAUGUCCCCGAGGACUUCCAGGCCGAGCUGAGCGGGGCCGAGAAGAAAUACCUCCUGGACGUCCCCCUCCCCGACGGGCAGGUCAUCUCCAUCGGCAGCGAGCGCUUCCGCUGCCCCGAGGCGCUCUUCAGCCCCUCCGUGCUGGGCCUCCCGGAGGUGGGCCUCCACGUCCACGCCAUGAACAGCGUCCGCAAGUGCAAGCCGGCGCGCCAGGCAGAGCUGCUGGCCAACGUGCUGCUGGCUGGGGGCCCCACCAUGCUGCGGGGCUUCUCCGAGAGGAUCAAGAGGGAGCUGCUCCCCAGGGAGACGGAGGCCGACGGGCGCGCGAGCGUCCUGGCGUCUCCCCCCCUUGCCAUGACGAUCCCUGCUGCAAUUACCGCUGAUUGCCUGGUGGUUGCCAUGGCGAUUCGGAACACCCAGUGA